UUGGGAUGCGCAACUCGUGCGUAAAACCUUGGCACUUUCUACGGAUCGCGCUUGAAGCAACGAGAGGAAUCACCACGGCUUGAAGCAAUUCGUAUCUAUUAUCGUGGAAACGUUCAACCUUCAUAAUCUCAUUGUAAAUCUUCGGAAACGGGGGAGGAGAUAUUUAAAGAGGAGGGGAAGGGUAUCUUGUAUGAGGGCAAACGCAACAAAGGCAGACUGAAUGUGAUGUUCAAGCCGACUUCAGAAGGGAAAAGUGAAGGGGAGCACCGGUGGAGAUAAAACGAUGUGUCGACACUGGACUUUGAAAAUCUACCCUGACACAAAACUGCUGAUUUAGGGAUCAAGGACACCGAGCAUCCUCAGUGAAUCACAGACCAACUCUGCUAGGGUGAGAUUUUCACCAGACAUAAUCUGACAGGAUUUAUAUUCAUGCAUACGAUGUUUUUAUGUCUGUAAAAGCCUACAGUGAAUAGGAGUGCAUGGGAAAAGGUAACAUAAUUCGUUGAUGUUUCUCUUUUUCAAACACCCUAUUAACUGAAACAACAGUGAAACUAUACUGAUCCUAAAUUAAUGUUGGACUGCUGCUCAUUGACUUCUGCUGGGAACUGUUGCUCUACCGACUGAUCCUCUACACUGAUGUAAUUGAGCCUUUUUGUUGGCUGAACUGUGCAUAACUAACGUUUCACGCUCAAUACCAAAUUACUCAUGUAUCUUGUGAAAGAGGUGUCUAAAAAAAGGGAAACAAAUACACCAAUGAUUUUUCAAAAAAAGUAAUUUGUAAUAUAUUUAAAAUUGGUUAAAAUUGUUUUCACAAUGCUCAGAGACUCUUAGUGUUUUCAAACAUGGAGAAUGUGUCCGUCUCUGGUGGGGCACCCCCAGUCUGCAACGACUCUGUGGAUUUCUACUCCCUGACAUCCGGGAACAGCACUGACCUGAACUGCACUCUACCUUCAGAGUUUUACUUCUACGCUGACUUUUACGUCAUCUUACCGAUCAUCUACUCUGUGAUCUGCGCAGUGGGACUGACAGGCAACACGGCCGUCAUCUACGUGAUCCUCAAAGCCCCCAAGAUGAAAACAGUAACCAAUAUGUUCAUCCUGAACUUAGCCAUCGCCGAUGAUUUGUUCACUUUGGUGUUGCCGAUCAACAUAGCCGAACACUUGCUGCACUACUGGCCUUUUGGUGAUGUUUUGUGCAAAGUCAUCCUCAGCAUAGACCACUACAACAUUUUCUCCAGUAUCUAUUUCCUGACUGUCAUGAGCAUUGACCGCUACCUGGUUGUUUUGGCCACAGUGAGGUCCAAACGCAUGCCUUACCGCACCUACCGAGCAGCCAAGAUCAUCUCACUAUGUGUCUGGAUCCUCGUUAUCCUCAUCGUCAUGCCUUUCACUGUUUUCGCCGGCGUCUUCGUCAACCCAGACGAUGGGAGGAAGAGCUGCGUGCUCAGCUUCCCCAGCCCCGAGAGUUUCUGGUUCAAAGCGAGCCGGAUCUACACACUCAUCUUGGGCUUCGCCAUUCCGGUUUCCACCAUCUGCAUCUUAUACACCAUGAUGCUGUACAAGCUGAGGAACAUGCGGCUCAACAGCAAUGCCAAAGCGCUGGACAAAGCCAAGAAGAAAGUGACCAUCAUGGUGUUUAUCGUCUUGGCUGUGUGCUUGUUCUGCUGGACGCCGUUCCACCUCAGCACCAUUGUGGCUCUGACGACAGACCUGAGGACCACGCCACUCCUGAUCGGGAUCUCCUACUUCAUAACCAGCCUGAGCUACGCCAACUCCUGCCUCAACCCGUUCCUCUACGCCUUCCUGGACGACAGCUUCAGGAAAGCCUUCAAGAAAAUGCUGGAAUGUAGAACGGCCUGAAUGUACCAUAGUGUGACAAAUGAAACCUGUUGCAGAGAUCUACAGAGAUUUGCUGAGUUAGGACUGAAUGUGAUGGAAAAGUCUGAUAGCAAAGAUUUAUGUUCAAAUCUAAAUUCACAAUGUCUUUUUUUCGCAGAUUUGAAUUGCUUGGUUUGUUAAAGCUGCACUAGGCAAAUAUGCACUUUGUUUGCACAUGAUAGCCACAGGUAGCUAUCUUUUGUUUUGUCUCAUUUAUCCUUGAUAUAAAGAAAAACAGGCCUAAUCAAAGUACACAAUAUUCUUAAUGUGACAACACACGUCUAUAAAUAAUUCAAACUAUAGUAAAGGAUGUGAAAUAAUAUUUGUAAGUCCAGCUUUUUCUAGACAGAACACUGUUUGGGUUUCACUUUACAUUCAUCACUCAAUGUGGUCGGAGGUGAUCUCAUGCCAGCCAAUCUCAAUCACCUGAUGAGACACGAAGAUCUUAUUUAUCCGUUCUUUUUUUGUUUUUACAUAAUUUGCCUAGUGCGGCCUUUAAUGGCUCUGAGAGCACAGUGUAAGAGAGAACAUAUUUAACUUUAUAGAAAUGGGCAAUAUUGUUUGCAAUAAGGAAUGUUUGACAUCCAGGACAAAAUAUAGCAUUGAAAACAACUUGCUUGUUGUACUGUAACUUUGAGCUGAAUUACCCAUCGUCUUUGUUUACAAGACAGGUCAUUAAUUCGGAUCAUUUUACAGUUAAAAUUAUGUCAGACAUUUUCCAUGAGGAUAUAAACAUGUAAUUGUGAGGCAGCAAGCCAAGACGUGCAUCUGCAAACAGUUGUGACCUUCACUGAACUUCAACCCAACUGAGAACUGAGGAUUGCCUCUGAGGGAGGGAACAUCUGCUGAGUGGAGAAAAUACAGUUCAACACAGUGUCAUUGAUUUGCAUGCUGUCAAUCAAAUCAACUUCAUGAGCAUAGUCAGGGUUGGAGGGUAACAGGAUGCAUGUCAGGCCGUUAUUAUCCAUUGCAAAAACUUGAGGGAAAAAGUUGGUUAUAAAAACAACAUUUUAUGAACUAUUGAGAAAGAUUAUCUGAUCAUGAAUGUAAAAACGUAAUCUGCCUUUAAAUGAUGCUUUGUUUUGAGUUAUAUGAAAGCAGAUAAAUUAUACAUUUGUAAAUUACUAAAGGUUUUAAGGUUCACAACCAGGUGUACAAUGAUCAUGAUCCAUUGGCAAAAUAUGACCCGGACAAUGGACUCUUUAAAUGAGGUCACUGCUUGGACCAACAAGUUAAGUAACACCUAACAAAAUAAAAAAAUGUAACUUUACCAAUCCUGACACAGUACUGUAGGUCUGCUAUUAGACAGGCAUGGGACAGGAGGGCUAUGUAAAAUAUAAUCUGUGUUUCUCAUCACAUCUUAAUUUUCUGUGAGCUUUUGUCGCCCUCUGUUGUCAACAGGGCUGUGUUACGUGAACAUGCAGCCAGGCCCUUUUAUAGAGUUUGUGGCAAAAAUGCCCUUAAGGGGAGUUAAAGUCUUACACAGCUUGUUUCAGUGGUUUACAGUUAUUCCUUCUGUUGUCGGAUAUUAUCUGCGAUUCAAUGAGAUUCACAAUCAGCAUUUAUUGCCCAUCUCCUUCGUGUUCCUGUGUCACAGUUGAAGAGCAUGAAGACAUUGAAAAAAACAUGAUGAUGAUUUACUAUGUCAAAUCACAACACCAAUACAACAAAUAUACAUGUAUCUACUUUGAUUAAAAUUCAGCAACAUAAACUCAUUUUCAAUUAUUCUACAACAUUGUUUAACAUAAUAUAAAGACAUAUGGAACAUAUACAUUUGGUUGAGCUGGGUUGCUUAAAAUAUUUAAAUGCGUGUACUUAAUGUAAAUACAUUUAUAAUGAUUUAAAAGUGUUGUUUAUCAUGUAAUGUGUUUAGAGCUUUAUCCAUGUGCUUGAAAGUUGAAAAAAUAAUAAUUGCCUGAUCAAAUUCACAGGAGAGUUACAACAAAUAUUGAGACUUCUGAAAAGUAAGACAGUAUUCUGAACAAGAACAUAUUGAAAUCACUUACCCAGAAAUGUUUUGCAAAUCAUGACACACAACGUCAGUGUAACUCCUUUCAGGCUGAACUGAGCAAACAUCACAAGCUUGCAGCAGCAGCAACUUCUCUGUACUGUGUGUCCUGCUGUAAAUGGUUAUUUUAAAUCACAAAUUGUACAAUCAUAGAAAUGUAUAGUCAAAUAUUCUUCAUUCUAAUAUGAAAUUGAGUUGAAGAUCCUGAUUCAAUGUAUUUUAUGCAGCUUGUUAUAAAAAUAACAAAAUAUCAUGUCAUUAAAUGUAUUUAUGAAUUUAAACCAAUCAUUCAUGUCUUUCAA